CUCCAAAACUUUUGGCGUAGUUUUCUCGAUCAUUUACCGGUGUGUCUCUACUUUUCUAGUGUCCGAAAUCUCACCCACGGGUCUGACCAGGCCACCAUGGAGAUAAUAUGGCUUCAGAGACCCCGCCCGGAUGUACCAUGGGGAUUCAGGAUCGCGGGGGGCCGGGAGUUUGGACAACCCCUUACGGUGCAGAAGGUAAAUCCCGGAAGUGUGUCCGGUCACAGUCUGUGUAUUGGCGACAUUAUUCUCAAGAUCAACAACCGUGACGUCACAAAUGUGAACCACUCUGAGGGACAAACGAUCCUUCUCAACGCCGGCAACCUUCUACAACUGACCAUCAAAAAGUGUAGAACUGUGGCUGCCAGCGCGCCGGCGCGUGACGAACGCACCCCCGGGGACGGCAGUCCCGUGCCCCCCGGAAUGGGAAGAGAGAGGUGCGUACCGGAUGCAGUACUUAAUCAGAUGAUGAAAAAGGACGGGAAUGCUAAGCCGUUUGCCUACAUAACAGGGGGCAUCGAUCUGAAGGAGUUCAAAAACAAGAGAAAUCGCCCCCCUCCUCCUGUGAUGCCAAAGUCUUACAGAGGACCAAAUCUGAAUGAUGAGGAGCCUCCAGAGGACUACACACCGCCUCAACCAAGAAGACCACCGCCACAGUCGCGUCCCCAGCAAUACCAGCCUCCCCCGCCUCCUCCCCCGGCCCAAUACCAGUUUCAACCCAAACAGCCGCAAUUUCAGCAACAACCACAGUAUCAGCAAGACCCGCAAUACCAACAACAACCGCAAUACCAACAACAGAACAACAACAGCUUCUCGCCCAUCAGGACGCCACCCUCCCCGCCGGUCAGGAGCAGCUCUGGUUACUCAGAACAGCCGCUGAAGGACAUAGAAAAAUCUGCCGUCUAUAAAAUGAUCCAGGAGAGUGAGAGCGAAGGUAAGAUUGAAUCACCAACAACACCAAUAUCACCAGCUUUAUAUGACCUAAUACAACAAACCGAAAACGAAAAGAAUUAUCCGGAAGUCCCGGACACGCCUGUUUCGCCUUCGUCAAUGUUCGUAGCUCCGCGACGGGCGCAUGGACUAUCAUUUCAGGUGUUGCAGUGGAUGACGGAGACAGAGGGGCAGAACCCGAGGCAGCCAGAGGAGAAGGAGGAGGAGGAACAAGAGAGUAAGCAACCUCAACGGCGUAGUAGCGGCAUGAAGGACCCGUUAUUACGUCACAAUGCUGAGGACGACGAAAUGAGAUUCAGCGGUCUGAGGGACAGGAAGAAGGAUAUCCCAUCUAAAGCAUUCAAGUGUCUAAACAAGAUGACAAACAGUGGUGAUGUCGCUGCUCCCAAAACAGUCAUAAAUAAAGAAGACCAGGAAGAACCCGUUGGAAGGUAUGACCAAACAUCGAUACGAUACACGGGAAAGCACAUUCCGUCCCCGUCAUUUCGUGUGCUUCAGAAUUGGGCGGAAAUCGACCCUUUACCGCCACAGAAAGUAUCUCAACCCACAACCCAGUCUGACGACGACUUAGAUGAGUACGAUGAUGGUCUACCCGAUACCCUGAGCGGCGAUGAGCUGGUCGACCGACGAUACAUGGGGGGACAUAUUCCAUCCCGUGCGUUUAAGGCCCUUCAGAUGUCGAUAGGGAGAGACGACGGGCACGCCCCUCCACCAAUGGCUGUUCCUCCUCCACCAACGGAGGAGCCAGAACCUGAUCAACCACCCGUUCAGCAACAAGGCCCCCGGAAACUAAUGAUCACCACACAGAGCCGGGCAAUACCUCCGCCUCCAGAGGACACGCCCAGUACAGAUUUCUGAUCAAUAGGAUUUACAGAUUAACCGACAUCAGAGCCACCGCCAACAACGCGUACUUCGAUGACGUUGACCACAAGUGGGGCUACCAAGUUUAGAUAAGAGUGUUAGCGAUAACCAAGCAAGCGUUACAUAUAUUCAUAAUAUAUAUUUAUUUAUCAUGAAAUGAGGAAGGACAUCAUGACACUAUUAAUGUUUGUCGAUCCUCGACUGAGAACUUAGUGAUUUUCAUGAUAUUCAUUUUAUAGUGGUUUUCACGCUGAUUUAAAAGCGUUGAUUUAUGAUCGCUUGAUAUAAAAUGUUAUAAAUACCUGUGUCGCUAGGUCAGAAAGCAUGUCAUUUAAAUUAGUUGCAAAUACGCGAAAAUGUGUGUGAGCUAAUAUAAGUAGGUAUACAUUAUCUUAUUAACGUUAUCGCCCGACACAUAUUUAGUUAAUUAACCUGAGUGUACAGUAUGUAAUAAAUGAUAUGUGCAAUAUGUUAUUACUGAUAUGUGCAGUAUAUAGUAACUCGUUUGUAUAAUAUACAAUUACUGUUGAUAUAUAGUUACUGGUAUGUACAAUGUGUAAUUACCGAUGUGUACACUAUGUAAUUACUGGUAUGUACAAUGUGUAAUUGCCGAUGUGUACACUAUAUAAUUACUGGUAUGUACAAUGUGUAAUUACCGAUGUGUACACUAUGUAAUUACUGGUAUGUACAAUGUGUAAUAACCUAUGUGUACACUAUGUAAUUACUGGUAUGUACAAUGUGUAAUUACCGAUGUGUCCACUAUGUAAUUACUGGUAUGUACAAUGUGUAAUUGCCGAUGUGUACACUAUAUAAUUACUGGUAUGUACAAUGUGUAAUUACCGAUGUGUCCACUAUGUAAUUACUGGUAUGUACAAUGUGUAACUACUGAUGUGUACACUAUGUAAUUACUGGUAUGUACGGUAUCGCGUUAUAUUAAUACAGUGUAUAUAGAGAGUAUGAUGUAUACAAUACACGCAUAUAAUUACUAAGUAUUUUCUGGAAUAAACAAUAUGUAUUCUAGGAUAUGCAAUAUGUAUUUUCUGGAAUGUACAAAAAGAAAUAGUUACUACGAUGUACGUUGUAAAGUUCCUUGAAUAUACAGUUUGUAGUUACAAUUUGUACCGGGAUGUACACAAUGUACUUACUGUUAUGCAAUACUGACAAAAGUAGCCUUACAGCAUUGCUGAAGAAAUACAAAUGCACCAAUCAUUAUCAGUGUAAUACUGUUGAUAAUAAUGUUAAGGUAUAAAUUGUAUAGUUUUAUGGAAACUGACAUAGUAUACUGCCUUACAAAGCGUACAAUGCUAUUUAUCAUUUAGGGAGCGUCAUGUCAUAUUUAUUGUUCUCACCUGUUUUAAGAAAUGUGUUUAUACUUUCAUUUAAGAUCUUUUCUUUUCCAUGCGUCUCUGUGUCGACAUUAGCACAAUAACUAAUGGAUUAAGUGACUCACGUCUUACUGACCAGUCACGUGUUGCCCCUACUCACACUAGCUCUAGUAUUAAAAGGUACGCGUGUCCCCUUCUCCUUCAAUACAUUGAACAUGUAUAUAUACGGUUUUAAUUAACUCUUAUUCAUCUUUACAUUAUAUAUUAUUAUUUCUGGAUCUGUGCAAUAUUUCAUAGAUUUAUUUAUUGCGUUGUUUAAAGUGUCAUUUAAAUAUUCUAUAUCCUUGAUAUUAGUGAAUAAAUUAAGAUAUGUAUUAAUUUUAUUUUAUGAACGAGUGUUCAAGUAGUAAAACGUGUACGAAUUCUGAUGUACAUUUGACCUGGUAUAGCAGGUGAUAGUGAUGGAGUUGUUUACUGUAUAAUCUAACACAUGUAAUACGUAAGUUAUUGUUUAUUACUCCAAGUGAUAUGUUUGUUGGAGAAAUAGACCGAUAGUUGUAUGUUAGCUCAUUACAUAUUGCUUUGUGUGUGGUUAGGUUUUAACAUUAGUCCAAUAUCGUUGAGCGAGUGUGCUCAUGGUGUGAAUAUGUCGUGGUUCCACCAGAGAAAGGUAUGGUACAGCUGAAACGAAUCUCGUAAACAUCAAUGUGCCUUAAUGUAACGUUGAUUACGUCAUCAUUCAUUAAAUGAAGCUAAUUAUCAGACGCUGUUAAUUGAAUAUAAUUUGAAGAUAUAUUAACUCAGAUUUGCUGGGGUGUCCUGUUGUUCAUAAUAUCUUAGUGCAUUUGUUGGUCAUUUUCUUGUUCAAAUCAUAAACCGUCCCAAUAGCGACUUUGUCUGUUCCCGGCCAGUUUGAUUACGUUUGAUAUAAGGAAAUAAAAAAAAAUUCUGCUUUUUAUAAAAGGAACUGUUGUAAUAUUUUGAUACCAAUUGUCCACACUUGUAAAAAUACUUAAUAUUAUGCCAUUAUGGUUGUUUCAUAGUAUGCAAUAUCAAAUAGCUUAAAUAUUGUGAAUAUGUUUUAUUUGAAAUAUAAACUGUAUUGUUAAACUACGCUAAAUGCAAGUAAAGAUUUGAACAUCAUUGAUUUUCUCGCACUUUUUUUGCAAACAAAAUAUUCAGGAAACUUGGAAAAAUAAACGAUAUCCAAAUAAUAAAUAACGUGAUGUAAUAUUGAAAUACAUUUUUCAUUAAUCGAUUUACUAGAGUAUACCUAAUGGUUAAAAAGUAAGAACACAUUUGUCAAGUUUUAUUUUUCUACCACUAAGUGUUUGUCCUAUGCGUGUAUUUCUAGUGUAGGAGAAUAUUUAGACCAUAUAUGUCUGUACCUACCUAGCUGUUGACCGGGAUUGUUCUUUAUUAGAGGACACACUGCUACGUGCUUUCUUUGUAAUAAAAUAUUUUAAAGAGUGGU